AUGGCGAAACCAAACCUUCUACUGUGCUUUGACGCCUUUGGCACGCUGUUUCGACCUAAGGGCUCGGUGGGGAAGCAAUACGCUGAAGUAGCAAGGCAGUGUGGUCUCGGCGGUUUCAGCGAUGAGCAGAUGCAUACAUCUUUGACCGAGGCAAUCAAGCGGCAGAUGAGGCUCAAUCCCAACUACGGAAAAGAUAACGGAUUAGGGGCCAUAGAGUGGUGGACGAAGGUCAUUCAUAUGACAAUGGAACCGUAUGCUGGGGUCACUGGAACACUUCCUAAGGACCUCUGCCCUAAACUUCUACAGCGGUUCGCAUCUAGCGAGGGAUAUGAGGCUGAUUCCGAGUUGGUACCGACGAUACGAGCAUUAAAAUCACCGAGCCACCUACCUAACUUUGGCAAAAUCAUCAUCGGCGUGAUCACAAACUCAGACGACCGUGUGCCAGAUGUACUUUCAUCCAUCGGCCUCCGCGUGAGCCCGUUAAGAUAUGGCACACAUCUAGACACCGGGACAUGGGCUCACACCGACAACGACGUUGAUUUUCACUGUAUGUCCUACGACUGUGGUGUCGAGAAGCCAGAUAAGCGUAUCUUUGCGGCCGCUGAGCACAUGCUUGCAAAGCUCCUUGCCGUGCAGAAGAAUACGAGUCUCGAAGAAGGAAUUACAGAAACACAUUCUUGGCGAAAGGUCUAUGUUGGCGAUGAUUACGAUAAAGAUAUUGUUGGCGCAACUAAUGCAGGCUGGGAUGCUGUUUUCCUAGAUACCUGUGAUGCUAUAAAGCCGCAGACGCUGCCACUUAGGCAAUCACGAUCUCCCAACGAGGUGGAGAAGGAAGUUGAGGUAAUGAGAAUCACAAAACUACAGUACCUAGCAAGCUAUCUCGCAGAGGGCUCCUAG